AUGCGCUCCGCCGCGGUCCUGGCGCUUCUUCUCUGCGCGGGGCAAGUCAUUGCCCUGCCUGUGAACAGCCCCAUGAAUAAAGGGGACACUGAGGUGAUGAAGUGCAUCGUCGAGGUCAUUUCUGACACGCUGUCCAAGCCCAGUCCCAUGCCGGUCAGCAAGGAGUGUUUUGAAACACUCCGAGGAGAUGAGCGGAUCCUCUCAAUCCUGCGACAUCAGAAUUUGCUGAAAGAGCUCCAAGACCUCGCUCUCCAAGGAGCCAAGGAGCGGACACAUCAGCAGAGGAAGCACAGCAGUUACGAGGAUGAACUCGCAGAGGUGCUUGAGAAGCCGAACGACCAGGCCGAGCCGAAAGAGGGGACAGAAGAGGUGUCCUCCAAGGAUGCUGCAGAAAAAAGAGACGAUUCUAAAGAGGUGGAGAAGAGUGAUGAAGACUUGGACGGAGACAGGCCUCAGGCCUCCCCAGAGCUUGGGCCAGGGUCCAAGGUUGAGGAGGACAACCAGGCCGCUGGGGAGGAGGAGGAGGCCCCCUCCAACGCCCACCCCCAAGCCAGCCUCCCCAACCCAAAACACCCAAGCCCACAGGCCGAGGAGGACAGUGAGGGCCCCUCCCAGGGUCCAGCCAGCAGGGAGAAGGGCCUGAGUGCAGAGCAAGGGAGGCAGGCAGAGAGAGAAGAGGAGCAGGAGGAGAAGGGGGAGGAGGCUGAGGCUGGAGAGAAGGUCGUCCCGGAGGAAGAAAGCCCCCCCACCGCAGCAUUUAAACCCCACCCCAACCUCGGCGGCAAGGAGACGCAGAGGGCUGCUCCAGGUUGGCCCGAGGCUCUGGCCGUGGAUGGAGCCGGGAAGAUGGGGGCUGAGGAGGCCAAGCCCACUGAGGGGAAGGGGGAGCGGGCACACUCCCGGCAGGAGGAAGAGGAGAUGGUAGGGGCCCCUCAAGGCCUCUUCCGUGGUGGAAAGAGCAGGGAGCCCGAGCAGGAGGAGCAGCUCUCCAAGGAGUGGGAGGAUGCCAAGCGAUGGAGCAAGAUGGACCAGCUAGCCAAGGAGCUGACGGCCGAGAAGCGGCUGGAGCGGGAGGAGGAGGAGGAGGACCCCGACCGCUCCAUGAGGCUCUCCUUCCGGGCCCGGGGCUCUGGCUUCAGGGGUCCUGGGCUGCAACUGCGGCGAGGCUGGAGGCCAGGCUCCUGGGAGGACAGCGUGGAGGCCGGCCUGCCCCUCCAGGUGCGCGGCUACCCGGAGGAGAAGAAGGAGGAGGAAGGCAGCGCCAACCGCAGACCAGAGGACCUGGAGCUGGAGAGCUUGUCGACCAUCAAGGCGGAGCUGGAGAAGGUGGCCCACCAGCUGCAGGAGCUGCAGCGGGGCUGA